GGGAGGGAUGAGGUGGGUGAAGCAGCACUGCAGCAUUGAGCAUAUACCAUUAUUAUUAUUUUAUCUUUAUCUCCUUUGCUUAUUUAUAUCACUCCUCCUCACUUCGAGUUCUUACACAUACGUACAACCUCAUAAACUACUCCUCGUGAACACUCCAAGAAUCCGUAGAACAUGGGGAAUAAGUAUCUUUGGACAAUUCUCUGUUUAUGGGCUUUCACAUGCACUCUUAUUAAUGCUUCCUCUGAUGGUUUAUUGAGAGUUGGUUUGAAAAAACGGCAGUUGGAUCGCGACAGCAUUAAAGCUGCCAGAAGUAGUAAACUAGAUAGUAAAUAUGUGAAGACUGGUUUGGGUGAUUCGGACAUCGAUACUGUAUCUCUAACAAACUAUUUGGAUGCCCAAUAUUAUGGAGAAAUUGGUAUUGGCUCACCUCUCCAGAAAUUCACUGUCAUAUUUGAUACUGGGAGUUCAAAUCUCUGGGUUCCAUCAUCAAAAUGCUACUUCUCGAUUGCUUGCUGGUUACAUCCCAAGUACAAAUCAAAGAAAUCUAGUACAUAUACUGAAAAUGGAAAAAAGGUUACAAUAAAUUAUGGAUCAGGAUCAGUUUCUGGCUUCCUAAGUCAAGACAAUGUCGAAGUUGGGGAUCUUUUGAUCAAGGAUCAAGUUUUCAUUGAGACUACGAAAGAAGGAAGCCUUUCUUUUGUAGUGGCAAAAUUUGAUGGGAUUCUUGGACUUGGAUUCCAGGAAAUUUCUGUCGGAAAUGUGGUUCCACCCUGGUACAAUAUGGUGGACCAGGGUCUGGUGAAGGAAGAGGUAUUCUCAUUUUGGCUUAAUCGAGAUGCAGAUGCAGAAGAGGGGGGUGAGCUUGUUUUUGGUGGUGUUGACCCAAAACAUUUCAAGGGGGAGCACACUUACGUUCCAAUAACUGAUAAGGGUUACUGGCAGUUUGAUAUGGGCGAUUUUCUCAUUGGAAAUAUGUCGACAGGUUAUUGUGAUGGAGGUUGUUCUGCUAUUGUGGAUUCUGGGACAUCCUUGCUUGCUGGUCCAACUAAUGUGGUGACCCAAAUUAACCAUGCCAUAGGAGCAGAAGGAAUAGUCAGCAUGGAAUGUAAAGAAGUUGUGUCUGAAUAUGGAGAAAUGAUAUGGGAUCUUCUAGUAUCAGGGUUGGGACCUGACGUAGUAUGUUCACAAAUUGGCUUGUGUUCCUCAUAUGGAAAACAUCAGAGUUCAAUCAUUAAAACAGUUGUCGAAAAGGCCGACCAAGGGGAGGCUUCUUCUAGCGAUGACCUUGGAUGCACUGCAUGCGAACUGCUUGUGUCUUGGGUCUCAACUCAACUGAAACAAAAGGGAACUAAGGAGUCGGUGCUUAACUAUGUGAAUCAGCUCUGUGAAAGUUUUCCAAGUCCAAUGGGAGAAUCAGUAAUUGAUUGCAACAGCCUCUCCAAAAUGCCAAACAUCACAUUUACAAUUGGAAAGAAAACUUUCAGUCUCACCCCAGAACAGUAUAUACUUAAAACUGGAGAAGGUGUUGCUACCGUCUGUCUUAGUGGGUUUAUAGCUCUGGAUGUGCCACCUCCAAAAGGCCCGCUGUGGAUCCUUGGAGAUGUUUUCAUGGGUGUAUAUCAUACCAUCUUUGACUACGGUAAUCUUCAACUAGGCUUUGCUGAAUCUACUUGAUGACUACCAUUCAACUAGCAGCCAUCGGAAACUCUACAUCUACGAGUUUGUGAGGCUGCACUUGGUUAGGCUGCACUUGGUUAGUGCUAAUUAAGUCAUAGUUGCCUAAACAUUCCGGUUUGUCUGUGUUAUUAAUACCAAAGGCACCUGGUGAAGUAUGUAUUAUUUCCAGUGUCUUUUGAAGAGAAUACUUUCUAUCUUCUCUUCAAAUCACAACAUCUGAGUAAUAUGUUGUUAUUGUAAGACAUUACUGAACUUUGGUGCUUGUCCAUGUAUCUAGUUUAUACUUUGCUGUUGCAUAAUUAAUAAGUCUAUGAACAUCUGUAGUGGUAUAUAUUGUUUGCUA